CAUACCCUAUUGCAUUGCUGAUUACUGUUUGAAUCUGCGUCCGUUGAUUGACUGGAUGUUAACACUUUCACAGUAAAGAAUUCUCUUUAAUUUUGUUGCUGUUAACUUGAUCUGCUCCUUUUAUGUAGAUGGAAAAUCUGAAAAUACAGCAAAUGCCAAUCACUUUAACAAACAACACAAACACUAAGCAAGAUCAGUCUUAUGGUGGCAUAGAAGAUGAUGCACCAAGAAAUGUGUUUGAUUUAGGAGCAUUUGUAGGCGACCUGACUGUUGAAGAGGAUGCUGCCAGUGAUGAUAUCUCAUUGGAAGGACUUGAGCAAGAAUUGGAAGAAUGCAAAAAUGACGAUGUAGUUGCAAACAUACUUUCUAAAGGUACAACCUUAAGGGACUACACAAAGGGGGUGGAGAACAAUUUACGGCAAGUUGAGUUAGACUCAAUUCAGGAUUAUAUAAAAGAAAGUGAUAAUCUAGUGUCUCUUCAUGAUCAAAUUCGCGAUUGUGACAGCAUCUUGUCACAGAUGGAAACUCUUCUCAGUGGAUUUCAGGCUGAGAUUGGUUCUAUAAGCUCAGACAUCAAAAUUCUACAGGAGAAGUCUAUGGAUAUGGGUUUGAAGCUGAAGAAUCGCAAGGUAGCAGAAUCACAAUUGGCAAAAUUUGUUGAAGACAUCAUUGUUCCUCCUAGAAUGGUAGAUGUAAUUGUCGAUGGAGAGGUCAAUGAUGAAUAUUUGAGAACUCUUGAGAUUCUAAGUAAGAAGUUGAAGUUUGUAGAAGUGGAUCCUCUAGUUAAAGGUGCAAAAGCUCUGAAGGACGUGCAGCCUGAGCUUGAAAAGCUUAGGCAGAAAGCAGUUUCAAAGGUCUUUGAGUUCAUUGUUCAGAAGCUAUAUGCAUUGAGGAAACCCAAAACAAAUAUUCAGAUCCUUCAACAGAGUGUUCUUCUAAAAUACAAGUAUGUGAUUUCCUUCCUCAAGGAACACGGGAAGGAGAUAUAUAUUGAGGUUCGUACAGCUUACAUCGACACAAUGAACAAGGUUUUAAGUGCACAUUUCCGUGCUUAUAUUCAAGCAUUGGAGAAAUUACAGUUAGACAUAGCAACUUCUAGCGAUUUGAUUGGUGUGGAGACAAGAAGCAGUGGUCUUUUUUCAAGAGUGAGAGAACCACUGAAGAAUAGAUCAGCUGUUUUUGCAUUAGGGGAGCGCAUUAAUAUAUUGAAGGAAAUUGAUCAGCCAGCAUUGAUUCCACAUAUAGCUGAAGCCAGCUCCCAAAAGUAUCCUUAUGAGGUCCUCUUUCGGAGCUUGCACAAAUUGCUAAUGGAUACUGCCACUUCUGAGUAUCUUUUCUGUGAUGAUUUCUUUGGGGAAGAAUCAAUAUUUUAUGAAAUUUUUGCAGGUCCUCUUGCUGUAGUUGAUGAGCACUUUAGUUCAAUACUACCUAAUUGUUAUGAUGCUAUAGGCCUCAUGCUUUUGAUUCGCAUCAUACACCAACACCAGCUUAUCAUGUCGCGGCGGCGGAUUCCAUGCUUGGACUCGUAUUUGGACAAGGUCAAUAUUUCCCUCUGGCCUCGUUUUAAGAUGGUAUUUGACUUGCAUCUUAGUAGCCUACGCAAUGCAAAUGUGAAGACAUUGUGGGAAGAUGAUGUGCAUCCACAUUAUGUCAUGAGGCGUUAUGCUGAAUUUACAGCUUCUCUUAUUCACCUUAAUGUUGAAUAUGGAGAUGGGCAGCUUGAAUUGAAUUUGGAACGGUUGAGAAUGGCUAUUGAUGACUUGCUUAUCAAGCUAGCUAAGACAUUCACAAAGCCAAAACUUCAAAUUGUGUUUCUUAUAAACAACUAUGAUAUGACGAUUUCUGUACUAAAGGAAGCUGGUCCGGAAGGUGGGAAAAUUCAGUUGCACUUUGAGGAACUGCUGAAGAGCAAUACAGCUUUAUUCGUGGAGGAGCUGCUAUUAGAGCAUUUUAGUGACCUCAUCAAGUUUGUCAAGACCAGAGCCUCUGAGGAUCCAAGUUCCAAUUCUGAGAAGCCCAUAACUGUUGCGGAGGUGGAGACGAUCGUGAAAGAUUUUGGGAGUAGGUGGAAAGCUGCAAUAGAGCUGAUGCAUAAAGAUGUUAUCACUUCUUUCAGCAACUUCUUAUGCGGUAUGGAGAUCUUGAGGGCUGCAUUAACCCAGCUUCUGCUAUAUUAUACCAGGCUUUCCGAUUGCAUAAAGAGGAUCGUUGGUGGGUCUGCACUGAACAAGGAUCUUGUCUCCAUUUCUUCAAUCAUGUACGAAAUCAAAAAAUACUCCAGGACAUUCUAGAUCAUUAAUUUCGUGUUAUAUCAGGAACAGCCAGCCAUCUCCUGAUAAGAGUGAAAUUGUUGCUCAUAAUAGUCAGCCAUCCCAUUGCCAUGGCUGUUCACCCCCGUCAGUAUUAUGUGCACUUUGGUCUGUCCGACCAAAAACCAGGAGAAUAGACCAAAAAAGAAAUCAAAUUUUGACAUACUCAAGCAGUUGCAGUUAAUAUACUGUAGCUAAGGGUUUCCUGGAACUUGUUGAUCUGAAUUUCUUCUUUUUCUUUUUUUCUUUUUUUUUUUUGUUGAAGAUUACACUUGUCACAUUUUUUCUCUUUAUUUUAUCUGUUAACACUCA